GUCUUCGAGGUUGACAACACUAAAACGCCGAAAGCCAACUUCGCAGGUCUUGCAAAGGUACAGGGGUGGGUUGGAGGCGACGCGGAAUGGCGGUGGCAUUGGGAGGCUUGUUUCAAGGAGCCUUAUCUGUUUGGUCGCCGCGGUGAGUAGCUUGAAGUUCUGUGAAAUGUGGAUAUUCCACAUAGCUCGGUACUGAUGACCCUAGAUGUCUCUGCAAUUCCCGCAACACCUGUUGCUACCUCUGAUUUGGUGGGGCAUUCUCGUCGCCGCCUCUCCAACAGCUCAGACGGUUCCGUUGCAUCCGCCGAAUCUGACUUCUCCUUCAUCUCAGCAGCUCCCAGCAUCCAGUCUCUUAAUACCAAUGGCUCUAUCUUUGGAGGCAUCGUGCUUGGCUUAGAGUCUGUGUCACUCGAUGGCAUAAAGAAUGAGUCACCGGCUACCACUGCCGAACCCCAGAAUUCCAAGGCGCCAGCCACGCUGAACCUUUCCGCAGAGGACACAACAUCAGCAGCAGGCUCUGGCACCGCAGACGAUCCGAAGUCGCCUUCUAAGGCCAGCCCAUUCUGGUAUCAGUACCCCGGCUUCGAGCCAGACCCACGUGCUCCCUUCAAGCAUGAGCUUGGCCGACUGUGCAAGCAUCUUGGUGCGACAAUGAAGAAAGGAAAGAAGAAUCUUCAGGCUGAAGCGCUCACUGCCGAGAUCAAGUACCACUACGGCGCUCACAUGAACCGGCUUGAUCGCUGGCAAGAACUGUGCGAAGAAGUUGGCAUCGAGAAGAUCCCUACCUCAAUCACGCAGUGCCAGAAGGUUCUGAAGCCCGUGUUCGUUAACUUGUUCAACCUAGUGGACCAUCGCCGUAACCCAGAGCUCAAAGUGUUGCGUUUCCAAUCAUACGGCGAGUUCAACAAGUUCACCCGUAACGGUCACAAGUUCCCUCUCAACUGCGCGAAGCAGGAGGGGUUCAUCAAGAUUUUGCUGAAGAGAGUGUAAGGUGCACAUGUCAUGCGUGCUUUGGAAAUGAAGGACUUCUGUUCAUCUGCGAGAUCUUACUUGAUCUGAUUGAUCUUCGUGACAGCAAGAUGUUAGGUUUUGGACU